AGAGGGUUAUGAAUAUGCAUGCGGGAAGAAACUGAACAAGACAGUUCGUAUUUACUUUGUGGUUCCGGUAGGACAGAUUGGUGGGAAAGUAUCUAGAUGAUGAUGAUGAUGGUGGUGUGCUUUAAUUAAUAGGUGACCACGGAUUUGUCAAGCAUAACCGCGCUGGAGUGGGCUUGCGAGCAUUUGUGUACCUCAACAUUGUUUUAAUUAAGGUCGGAUUUCAAAUCUAGGGCCUUUUUCACUUACAAUUUCGUCACUUUGUGGUUUGAACUUGAUUUACUAUAUUUAUUAUUUAUGGAAUGUAUUGAUCCAGUAAUAUUUGUACAUUUUUGAUAACGUGGAGACCGUAAUUCUUCUCGUGCAAUAAUUGCUCAGGGAGGCUUCGCUUAUAUGUUGUAUCUGCUUGAAUUACAAAACGGAUUUAAAUCUAUAUAUAUAGAUUAUUUGUUGUUGUGUUCUAUAUUCACAGUAAACAAUACAACCGUACCUUAACAUUUUGUACAACACGUGUCUUUUUUUCUCACCAUCUAAAUAUAAGUUUGGACAAAGUCCAAUUAAGUGGUCAAUCUUAAUUCAAACCGUUACAGUGUGUGCCUGUUUUUUUUUUUUUUUUUUUUUUUUUUUUUUUUUACCACCAUACCGGAAUAAAACAAAUAAUAAUAAAAAAAAACAGUUCAAUUUUGCGGUUGAUGAUUCGCCAGGAAGUUAAUGAAAUAGCGUCUCUGCUGUCUUGUGCACAUCUUCAAGACGAGAAGCGGAACAUGAGCAGGUAUACCAUCUACAGCCUGUUGGACUGGCUCUACGGGGGCGUGGACCCCAAGUUUGAGGGAAAUGGGGGGCCCGAGUGCGCGGCGUUUCUCUCCUUCAACCAGCGGCUUGGCGAGAGCAUUGUUAUCAUCUUGGCAUCCGCCAUAGAAAUCGUAAUAGCGCUGAGGAAAAUCCAGCAGUGUAAAGAACUGAAAGAAAUGACCAAGGCGGUGUGUGAACACAAGAAAGAGGAAAGCUUCGGAAAGAACCUGCUGCUGGUAGCGCUGUGUCUCACCUUCGGCGUGGAGCUCGGGUUUAAGUUUGCCACCAAGACUUUGAUCUACCUGCUGAACCCUUGCCAUGUUGUCACAAUGGUGCAGAUUUUCCUCCUUGCUUGUCCUCCAGGCAGACUAGCAACGAUCGUCUUUAGGAUGCAGGUACACAUGCUCAAUGGAGCGCUGUUGGCCCUUCUGUUCCCUGUUGUCAACACCAGGCUGCUUCCCUUUGAGAUGGAGGUCUACUAUGUCCAGCACAUCAUGCUGUAUGUCGUGACUGUCUACCUGCUCAGGAAAGGAGGCGUGUACACGGCAGAGCCUCUAGGGGAUUUCUCGUGGGCUCUGCUUUCCUCUGGACUCCUGUUCUUCUAUCACUUCACCUUCCUGCAGACCUUGGGACUGGUGACUGAAGUGAAUCUGAACAACAUGCUGUGCCCGGCAGUGUCGGACCCCUUCUACGGGCCCUGGUACCGGGUGUGGGCGACGGGACACCAGACCGCCCUGACGCUGCUCCACGGGAAGAUCCUGACAGGGCUGUUCCACUGCGCCGUGCCCUCCUACCAGUACCUUCUGGACGGGGUCAGACUGAGGACUAAGAAAAUUGACUGAGCCUUGGCUGACUUCCACACUUUCAUGUAGAAAAGAAAAAACACACCAUUUCACUAGCCAGUAUUGCUUUACAGAUUGAGGGUGUUUUUAUUUAAACUUGUUUAUUUCAGUGUCAGUAAACUCGAUGCAUCACUUCCUGUGCUAGAAUACUGGCACUGGGAUUAUUUUUUUGGGGGGGGGUAUGUUCUUGGUAGUGAAAGGAGUAUUGUUUUUGAAUGUGCUUUAAAAUGACUUGCAGCAGUUCACUUUUUUAAUGGAAGUCAGUCUUACUGUUCAGAAUGCUCUCUGCAGUUUUUUGUUUUGUUUUUGUUGAAACAUGAAAUGGGCCAACACUCCAUGGAGGGGUGCAGUAGCCCCAGUUGUUUUAAAUAUAUAUAUAUAU